AAGUUGAAUCGGAAGCUUGUGCAUAUAAGCAUCGGGCUGGUUUUCAUGCUUUGCUGGCCUCUGUUCAGUUCUGGGCAUCGGGGGGCCAUUUUAGCAUCUCUUGUUCCGGGCAUCAAUAUCAUACGAAUGCUUCUCUUGGGACGUGGAAUAAUGAAAGAUGAGGCUAUAGUGAAGUCAAUGAGCAGACACGGAGACUAUAGGGAACUUCUCAAGGGACCACUCUACUAUGCUACAACAAUCACUUUGGCUUGUAUAAUUUAUUGGAGAACUUCCCCCAUUUCAAUUGCAGCAAUCUGUAACCUCUGUGCUGGGGAUGGUUUAGCUGACAUUAUUGGAAGGCGGUUUGGUGGUGCUAAAAUUCCCUACAACAGAGACAAAUCUGUAGCUGGUAGUGUAGCAAUGGUGUCUGGCGGAUUUUUGGCAUCUGUAGGGUAUAUGUACUAUUUCUCAUUAUUUGGAUUUGUUCGGGGAAGUUGGGAAAUGGUUUUGGGCUUUUUGGUUGCGUCUCUUGCCUCAGCACUGGUGGAAUCACUCCCUAUAAGCACUGAGCUUGAUGACAACCUGACAGUUCCCUUGACUUCCAUAUUGGUGGGCACUCUUGUUUUCUGAUUUCAGUAGUUAAGGAAAGCAGACUUGAUUAACAGAGGGAAGUGUUGGGAUUGACCUGACGUAGGGGUGGAUAAUGUAUUCGUUGUAUACUAAAAUUUUGGACAAUUUUAGGACAAGAGAGCCAACUCUUAUUAGGCUUGUAAGAUUAAUUGCACUUGUAUGCUUUUGGGGCUCCUCCUCAAGUGCAUCCUUUUGUCUGGGGUUUGGACAAGACGUUUCUCAAUUUCAAAUGAAAUUGAUAGAAUCAAUUCA